CCCAUUUCGUUCUCAUCCUGUGCUCUCUGACCUGCACCACAACUGUCACCACGGCAAGCUCUUCCACUUCUUGCGGCACCAUGCAGCUGGCAGCCUCUGCUUCCGCCUCAGUCUGCUCGUCGUACCACCACCUCUCAACGCCGGCGGCCGCCGCCGACGCCACCGCCGACAGCGGCACGAGGGAGACGCAGCUCGCGCGGCGGCGGAGGAGGAAGCGCGCCGGCGGCGGCUGCGCCGGGCUCCAGCGGCGGUGCUACGCGGUGCUGAAGCAGCAGCGGACGCGGCUGUACAUCCUCCGGCGGUGCAUCACCAUGCUCCUGUGCUGGCACGAGCACGACCCCUCCGACUGAGCCUGGGCUGGCCGACUCAGCCCAUUGCAGCCCAUUUGCACUCUACGUGGGCCGGGCCGGGCUCAGUCAGGCCUGGUUUUCUUUUUUCUUUUUGAUUGUAGGAAGGAAAGAAACAGAGUGCUGUGAUGUAUAAUACCGGGUUCUGAAAAUGAUGAAGUUAGAACAUUUUUAAUCAGACUA